CAGUAAUUCCCCCAUUAAUUUCCAAGUCAAUUUGUUUUUUCCCAAAUACUUUAAUUCUUAUCCUUGUUUGCUCGUGUUAUAAAUUGGAUGAUCUGUUUCCUAGGGUCAUUUAAGUUUCUAAGGCACAAUUAGCUUAUACCCAACAAUUUCAUACAUGCAGGACUCCCUAAUGGAUAUCAUAACAUCAGUCAUUGAUAUUGUGAAGGAUGUUGGCCCUGAAGUUAAGAAGUAUGUAAAGUAUCAAAUGCGUCACAAUGAUUAUGUCAGUGAAUUCAAAGAAAUGCAAGAGAAUCUAAAGCACCGACCAAAUGUCAUUGACGCAAACUUGAAGACACAGCAAAAGCAAUCCGGAAAGAUUCCAAAUGGGGAAGUGGAAGCUUGGUUGAAGAAGGCAGACCAAGAAACCGCCGAAUCAGUGGUUGAAGAUCUGAUUUGUAAAGGGGGUUGUUUCACAUAUAUUUGCUCAUCAAGAAAGUUCGAUAAAAAGACUCAAGCACCGAAUGGAAUAUUUAUGCAAGGAGAAAAUUACGCUAAUGCUGGUCAGAGUUUGGAAGUUGAACACUGGAUGGAGAAAGCAAGCCAACAAAUUGCUAUAAAGGUUGAAGCCCUGAUCAGCCCAGGGGAAUGUCCCUCAUCAUCCAACCUCGAGAAAAAGACUGAAGAAUUAAAGCAAACAUUUGAGCAAGGAGAAAAAUACACUAAUGCUGGUGAGAGUUUGGUUGUAUAUGAUCACUCAAUCAAAGGAGAUCCACUGGACGUUGAAGAAUGCAGUGGCAGGGAUGAUGUACAAGAUCGAAUUCUGGAAUGGUUGAAGGGAGACGAGGUUAUAAGAAUUGCAGUUUCGGGAAUGGGUGGUGUGGGCAAGACAACAAUUAUGAAGCAAGUGCACAACCAACUGUUUCAAAAGAGGAUUGCAAGUAACUUGGAACCAGCAUUGGAGCUAAAGGAUCCUGAGAAUGUAACCAAGAAUGCAGGAAUGAUUUCACAAAAGUUGAGGCAGGGCAGCUUUGUGCUAAUUUUGGAUGAUAUGUGGCAGCCUUUCUCUCUAGAAGAUGUUGGAAUUCCUAAUCUAGUUGGAAAUAAUGGUUGCAAGUUAGUACUCACGACACGGUUACAAGAUGUUGCUCGUGCAAUGGAGUGUAAGGUGAUACCUGUGAAUCCUCUUCCACCUGAAGAAGCAUUAGCAUUGUUCUUGAAGAAAGUUGGAAGUGAAGUGUUGUCAGAUAGCAGAAUUAAAGCAGAUAUAAAGCCAUUUUUGGAGCAAAUUUUGCAGAAAUGUGGUGGAGUACCUCUUGCUAUAGUGACAGUGGCAAAAUCAAUGAGAGGGAAAUUACUUCCUCAACCACAAUGCCAGGAGUGUUUCCUAUACUGUGCAUUGUAUCCUGAAGAUGCUGAAAUCACAAAGGAGGAGUUAAUUGAGUAUUGGAUUGAGGAGGGGCUAAUAUAUAAAGAAGGGAAAACCAGGGAGGCAAUGAAUUUGAAGGGUCAUGAUAUACUCGAUAAGCUUGUUGACAACUGCUUGUUGGAGUUGGUUGGAUACAACGAAGAUUGUGUUAGUAUGCAUGAUCUUCUCCGAGAAAUGGCACUGGAAAUCAAUCAAUUUUUUGUGAAAGCUGGCAUUGCCUUGGAAAAGCUACCAGAAGAGGAUGAAUGGAGAGAUUGUUUGAAGAUUUCAACAAUUCCAGAAGCCUUUUUUGAGAAUAUGCUUGGGCUCAAGAUUCUUGGUCUUUCCAAUAAUCAUGAGCUAAGUAGGCUGCCGACUUCUGUUUCCAAAUUGGAGAAGCUUACUACAUUAUUGCUGGGGGAUUGUGAGUCCUUAAGAGAGGUGCCAUCUUUAUCCAACUUUAUAGGCUUGAAAAAGUUAGAUCUUUCCUGGACAUCAAUUGAAGAACUACCCCAAGGCCUCAACAUGUUAACAAAUCUAAAAUAUCUUGGUCUUGGUGGAAGAAUAUCAGAAACACUUGAUGAACUGCUACAAAAUCUCUCCAAACUUCAACAUUUAACAAUAAAUACCAGAACAAAAUCUAAAUGGGAGAAGAUUGAAAGUUGGAGGAAGCUUCAAAACCUUGAGAAGCUGGAUCUUUGUAAUUUGGAUAACUUGAAUACAGUGUUUGGGGAAGUAGUAGCAGUAGCUAAGUCAGCACCGCUACCAGCUGGCACAUUUUCUUCACUUCAAUAUAUUAGGGUUUGGGGAUGUGAUAAAAUAAAGAAGUUAUUCUCGGUUAGGUGGUUGGGGUAUCUCCAGAAGCUACAGACUAUUUAUGUUCAUAAUUGUAAGCAACUGGAGGAGAUAAUAGGGUCUGAAUCUGAAGAAGGAGAAAAAGUCACUCUACCCAACUUAGAAAGGUUGAAAUUGACCGAAUUGCCCCAAUUGAAGAGCAUCUACAGCGGUUCUUUGAUUUGUAAUUCCAUCAAGAAGAUUGAAAUUUGGAAUUGCGAUAAUAUAGAGAGUGUUUUUGGGUCAAGGUUCAACCCACUUCCAAAUCUUGAAUAUCUAUACCUUUCCCAAUUGAAGAAUCUAAAAUCAGUGUUUGAUGAAGAAGGUCUUGGUUUAUCGCCACUUGUGUUCGCAAAUGGAGGAGUUGAUAUCGUCAUCGGCACACGUAGAAGAAAAAAUCACUCUACUCAAGUUACAAAGCUUGAGAUUGACCGAAUUGCCCCAGUUGAAGAGCAUCUACAGCAGUUCUUUGAUUUGUGAUUCCAUCAAGAAGAUUGUAAUUCAAGAUUGUGAAAAUAUAGAGAGUGUUUUUUGGUCAGGGUUCAACCCACUUCCAAAUCUUGAAUAUCUAGAGCUUUGAUGGUUAGAGAAUCUGAAAUGUGUGUUUGAUGAAGAAGGUCUUGGUUUAUCGCCACUUGUACCUCCCACAAGCUUUCUCUCUCUUUAAGAAAUUAAGGUUUCUAGG